AUGUUUGAUACGCGUCUCUAUGAGGCCCAUAUUCCAUCGCCAUUACCGACCUCUCCUUCUCUUCAUAUCACCUCUCUCUCCCUCUAAAACAUUCCCAUCUCCUCCCCACUCUCUCUCUUCUUUCUCUCUCUACAAUUUCAUAAACUCCGUUUCAAACCCAUUUCAGCAACCCCUCAAUUCUCCAAAUCCGCCCAGAAAUGGCCCAGAAAACCGAGAAAGAAGAGACGGAGUUUAAAGUGCCGGAAACCCUAACGUUAUGCGUUAAUAACUGUGGUGUUACCGGUAAUCCUGCCACCAAUAAUAUGUGUCAGAAAUGUUUUAACGCCACCACGUCAACCACCGCCGCCGUCUCAGCAAUUCCUAAGCUAUCAGACUCCGGGAUCUUGAAUAUUUCGCCUAGAUCUAGUAUAUCUCGGACGAUUAUUCGAGAUCCGGAGCCGGAGACGAGUCAAAAGGCGGAAACGACGUCGGAUCGGGAUAAUAACGACCUAUUUCUGGCGAGGAGAGAGGUGAACCGGUGUUCGGGUUGUAGGAAACGGGUCGGGUUGACCGGAUUCCGGUGUCGGUGCGGUGAGCUGUUUUGUUGGGAACAUCGGUACUCCGAUCGGCAUGAUUGUAGCUACGAUUACAAAACCGUUGGAAGAGAAGCGAUUGCUAGAGAGAAUCCCGUCGUUAAAGCUGCUAAAAUUGUUAGAGUUUGAUUAUGAAAAAAAAAAAAGCUUGAAAAUUCAAGAAACCUUGAACAGAUCCGACGUCGUUUCAUCGGGUUUUUUUCUCCUCCUCUAUAGAUAGGAGAGGAGAAAAAAAAAAGAAUCCGGUCCAAGAAUCAAAUUAAUUAACGAUGAAAAAUUGAUCAGAUUUUCAGGGCCAAGAUCGGAAUUUCUUUUUAUAAAUUUUCUUUUUUUUGGCUUUUUUUUUACAUUUUAAUUCUCUUGAAAUGAAAGAUUAUUAUUAUUGUUACAAUUAUGAUUAUUAUGAUAAUUAAUGUUAUUGUUGUGGGUGAAUUGUUUUUUUUUUCUCCAUUUUUUUCAUUUUUUUCUGUGUGUUUUGAAAAUUGCCGAUGGCAUGUAAAUGUAAAUUAGGCGAACAGUUGAGGGGUUUUAUGUCAUUUCCGACAACUGGAAAUUUCGGUUGGAAGGUUUUUAUAUAUUUUUAGAAAGUUGUGGGGACCACUAAAAUUAAAGCAAUGACAUGUGAUGUUUUGUUUA